UGUGAGGGCUUAAAUACCAGCUCCCUGCAGCAUUGUCAGGCAAAGAGGUACAGACUCUCUUGUGUGAACCUGCAUCCAGCCCACAGAAAGAGAUUCCAAAUAAGGAAGAAAGCGACCCCUGAAAACAUGAAAUUGUUGCUCAGUCUCUUGUUGACGGUGACCGCUGUCUCCAGCCUUGACACGGACUGGCUGAGGAUCUGGAAGCUGAUGCGAGCUAACCCCUUCGAUAGGUCCCCAGGUCCUGGCUGUCUGAAUGGAGGAACCUUUGUGCCCUACAGAGAGGACCGAGGGUUCUGCUCAUGUCCUGAACAAUUCCAGGGAAGAAAGUGUGAGAUCGAUGUGUCAGCACAGUGCUAUAAUGACAAUGGGGGGUACUACAGAGGCACUGCAUCACUGUCUCAGAGCGGGGCGGAGUGCCUGCGCUGGGACCAUGUCGACGCCCAAUUUGCUCUCGGAUCGCGCGCGCUAGCCCUGGGGAUUGGAAAGCACAACUACUGCAGGAAUCCGGAUCGGAGCACAAGGCCCUGGUGCAUGGUUCAGAAGGGUCACCAGAUUGUCCCCGAAUUCUGUCAGCUCCAACGAUGUGGAGAAGAGCCAAUGACCAUGUGUGGGGAGCGAUCCCAGAAGCUGUUCAAGAUCGUCGGGGGGAAGGUCACCACGGUGGAGUCCCACCCCUGGAUCGCAGCCAUCUACUACAAGAGCCGGACGUACCAGGAGAACUGGUUCCGGUGUGGCGGCAGUCUGAUCUCUCCGUGCUGGGUCCUUACAGCAGCUCACUGCUUCCCAGAUGGCAUGGCCACGAGCAUUAACCGGCUGUCCGUCUCUCUGGGGAAGAACGCCAUCAAUGAAACCAACAAGUACAGAGAGCAGGCGUUCCAAGUCGAGAGACUCAUCAUUCACGAAAACUACAGAUACAGAGACGAAAACUACAACCACGACAUAGCCUUGCUGAGGCUUAAGGGACGGUGUGCAGAGAGUACGAAAACAGUGCGGACCAUCUGCCUGCCCCCAGAACAUCAGAUGCUCCCCCCGGGGACCACCUGUGAUGUUGCUGGCUAUGGCAAAGAGAAGCACACCUCCUCUCUAUACUCACAGGUCCUGAAAGAGGCAAAGGUGAAUAUUAUGUCCCAGAGUGUUUGCACGAACAAGCAACAUUAUGGAGACAAGGUGACUGAGAACAUGUUUUGCGCCAACAGCCCUGACUGGACUGUAGACUCAUGCAAGGGUGACUCAGGAGGGCCUCUGGUGUGUGAGGUGGACAACCGCAUGUUCCUCUUUGGAAUUGUCAGCUGGGGUGAGGGCUGUUCCGAAAAGUACCGUCCAGGCGUCUACACCAAGGUCACCAACUACAACAGGUGGAUUGAAGAAAACACUGGUCUGAGCACCAUUACUACUGGAUCCAUGUACCCUCAGAAGUGAACCCCCCUACACUGAUAGGCGUGUAGAAAUACAGGGUAGCUACAAUGCACUGGCCUAUCCGCGCAGCCAUCCCUAGCAGAAAUUUCCUCCUGGCUAUGCAUAAGGAUGUCUUCUUAGUCUUACAUGACCAAGUUGUCAUAUAAAGCUAUUACAAAUCCGUCUUAUUGUGUGCCAUCGUGUGACAUUUAGGGCAGGUAGGCUUUGGAGAUUCUGUAUCUUCACGUUAUGUUUCAUGUAACUGUAAAACAAUGCAUAACAUAAUGCCGCAGGCUUUGCUCUUC